ACUCUCUUUUUAAGCUCCCUCCACCUCUCUCCCUAAGCCUAGCCCAUCUCAAAAUAGAAACACAACACAACACAACACAGAGAAUGGGUGAGUGUAAACGCUGCUCUCUCACAAUUGCCGCCAUAGAACAACCUUCUUCAAGCCAACAUUCCAUUUCCAAGAAAAGAAAAACCACCGCUUCCUUCCAGUUACGCUCUUCCGAUACGCAGUUUCCCGACACUAUCGUCUCGCCGGAAGCUUCCGUCAGUUCUACCGGCACGGUUGUUUCCGGCGAUUUUUGCUCCGAUCGCUCUUGCUGCAGCUCCAGCCACUUUAAGGACCUCCACUCCGUGCCGUCAGAUCUGCAGACCAAGGGUUUCCAAACGGUAGAGGACUCAACCAACCGCUACUUCAAGCCGUUCAGUUUGUUGAGUGAGUUUUCUGGAGACUCGGAGGAAUCGGCGAAGUCUUCCGCGGCAGUGCGGAAAUUGAAGACGCCACCACAAGCAGAGAUCGAAGAGUUUUUCGCGAUGGCGGAAAAGUACGAGCGAAAACGGUUCACAGAGAAGUACAACUUUGAUAUUGUUAGAGAUUUGCCGUUGGAGGGUCGCUACCAGUGGGUUCGUUUACAUUGAAUGCCUUCAAUGAAAGAGAGAGAGAGAGAGAGAGAGUUUGCAUUUUUUAGUUUUAGAGAGAGAAAUGGAGGUUGAUGAGUUUGUAGUGUUUAGUCAUUUGAGUACACUGGUAAGGAAGCUAACCUGACACGAGGUAAAACGAAAACGAGCGUGCAACUUUUUCUGGUUGCUUUGAAAAAGACGGUGGUGGUGGUGGGUUGGUUUACGUAUAGCUAACUGUUUUCUCUUUCUCUUUAUGUUGGAUACAACAAGCUAGCUUUUUCUGCAAUCUCUGCACUCUGAUAGAAGUAGUAGAACCUUCUUUGUGAGGUGAUGAAGAAAAACAAAAAACAAAAUUGGGUUUUGUGGGAAAUAUACAAAGAACACAAGAAUUUCCGCUAUGAAUAUUGGUGAUCUAAAAUAUGUUAAUGUAAUUGAGAGUUUGAGACCGUCUCCUUCAGUGUUUCCAGAACAAUAAGGGGGUUCAGCUAAUUCAUGCGGCUGUUUUUUUUUAAAAAAUAAUUAUUCAUUAUCAGAAGAAUUCAUGGAUAGAAGAAUAUUAAUUGUUAUUUGGUUACUAAUUUUCUAUGAAAAGUGUCUUUUCUUCGA